AGCCUUACCUGUAACUCCCUAAAGAGGCUCAGGAGGGUCUGAAAGAUGUGGGGCUGAGCUAGGACUGACAGGGCGAGUAGCUACAGCAGAGGCUAUCCCCAAGGUCAGCUCUCCUUUCCUGCUUGGCCUGGAAAGGGUUAAGUGAGAGGGCCUUCCUCACUCCUCCCUGCCGGGAUUCCAGGCCUGGCUUCUGCACUUUACCCUACAGCCUGCCCAGAACUGCACUUUACCCUACAGCCUGCCCAGAACAAAGGCUCUUUCACACCGGUGUCCCAGUGUCCCGGGCCUUCGUUGACUUUGAAGCUAGUGGGCCUCGGGGAGAGGACCUCUGUCGGGUCCAGCAUAAGCAACGCCGCCUGGGGCCAGUGUGGGGGAGUGAGGGGCAGGCCCAGGGACCCGGAGGAGGGGCCUGUGAGCUGGGGCCGCCCCCGGGAUAAGCCCAGCCUUUUGGGGGCCGUAGCGGAGGAGCCGGGGGUAAGCCCGGCCUUUUGGGGGCCGUAGCGGAGGAGCCGGGGCGGAGCCGCUGGGACCCGGCGGAGCGCUGGGAGAACAGCUGCCACCAAAGCAAGACUGGACACUCUGUGCCCAGAGUCCCCUCUGCAGCUGGCCUCCUCUCCGGGGACCCUGCUCAUCCUCACCUCGCUUUCCUUUCCCUCCAUGCCUGGCUCCCAUCAGGGCCCUGGAACAGCGGUAGGCAAGGAAAGUUUGUCACAGCAGCCAGAGGGGUCUAACGGGAGUGCAAGAGGGACAGGGGCUGCCUCUGCCCUCUGUCCAAGAACUGCCCACCUCUUUCAAGACCAGGGGAGCAGCGGGAGGAAUUGUGGGGCACCGUGGUGCUUGCUCGCCCCACCCUUCUGAGGGGUCAACAAGGGAAGGGGCACCUGGGGGGCACAGAGAUGCAGGACAGAUUGCACAUCCUGGAGGACCUGAAUAUGCUCUACAUCCGGCAGAUGGCGCUCAGCCUGGAGGACACAGAGUUGCAAAGAAAGCUAGACCAUGAGAUCCGGAUGAGGGAAGGGACCUGCAAGCUGCUGGCGGCCUGCUCCCAGCGAGAGCAGGCUCUGGAAGCCACCAAGAGCCUGCUAGUGUGCAACAGCCGCAUCCUCAGCUACAUGGGCGAGCUGCAGCGGCGCAAGGAGGCGCAGGUGCUGAGGAAGACAGGCCGGCGGCCUUCUGACAGUGGGCCGCCCGCUGAGCGCUCCCCCUGCCGUGGCCAGGUCUGCAUUUCUGAUCUCCGGAUUCCACUCAUGUGGAAGGACACAGAAUAUUUCAAGAACAAAGGCGACCUGCACCGUUGGGCUGUGUUCUUGCUGCUGCAGAUAGGGGAACACAUUCAGGACACGGAGAUGAUCCUGGUGGACAGGACCCUCACAGACAUCUCCUUUCAGAACAACGUGCUCUUUGUCGAGGCAGGGCCAGACUUUGAACUGCGGCUGGAGCUGUAUGGGGCCUGCGUGGAAGAGGAGGGGGCCCUGGCUGGAGCCCCCAAGAGGCUUGCCACCAAACUCAGCAGCUCGCUGGGCCGCUCCUCGGGGAGGCGUGUGCGGGCAUCUCUGGAGACAGCUGGGGGCUCAGGGAGCAGUCCCAUCUUGCUCCCCACCCCGGCUGUUGGUGGUCCUCGUUACCACCUCUUGGCUCAUACCACACUCACCCUGGCAGCAGUGCAAGAUGGGUUCCGCACACAUGACCUGACCCUCGCCAGUCAUGAGGAGAACCCCGCCUGGCUGCCCCUUUAUGGUAGCGUGUGUUGCCGUCUGGUGGCUCAGCCUUUCUGCAUGACUCAGCCUACUGCAAGUGGUACCCUCAGGGUGCAGCAAACUGGGGAGCUGCAGGACUGGGUGCGAGUGCAUGGAGUCUUGAAAGGCACAAACCUCUUCUGUUACCGGCAACCUGAAGACACAGACACUGGGGAGGAGCCGCUGUUUACUAUUGCGAUCAACAAGGAGACUCGAGUCCGGGCAGGGGAGCUGGACCAGGCAGCGGGCCGGCCCUUCACCCUGAGCAUCAGUAACCAGUAUGCGGAGGAUGAGGUGACACACACCCUUCAGGCAGAGAGUCGGGGAGCCCUGCAGAGCUGGAUGGAAGCUCUGUGGCAGCUUUUCUUUGACAUGAGCCAGUGGAAGCAGUGCUGCGAUGAAAUAAUGAAAAUUGAAACCCCUGCUCCUCGGAAACCACCCCAAGUACUGGCCAAGCAGGGGUCCUUGUACCAUGAGAUGGCUAUUGAGCCGAUGGAUGACAUCGCAGCGGUGACAGACAUCCUGGCCCAGCGGGAGGGCACGAGGCUGGAGACGCCCCCACCCUGGCUAGCAGUGUUUACAGACCAGCCUGCCCUGUCUGGCCCCUGCUCGCCUGCUUCAGUGGCCCCAACCCCAGCCCAGACCCAUUCCCUGCCCUGCGGGAGACCCCGAACGUUAUCCCUGGAUGCUGUCCCCCCAGACCACUCCCCUGGGGCUUCUCACUCGGUUGCCCCUCUACCCCCGAAGCGGUCCCCACAGUCCAGAGGCCUCUGCAGCAAAGGCCCACCCGACACUUGGCUCCAGUCCCCAGUGUGAGAUGGUGCACUGGCAACAGGAUCUGGUCAGAAGAGGAGAUGAGCUGUGUGCAGUUGGGCUCUGGAUUCGGCGCUCUUUGUAGCAGCUUGGCCAGCUUGGCCUCCCCUUCCUCUGCUGGACUGGGGAUAGGCUGGGGAGGGGGAGCAGA